GCUGUGAACAGCUGCUUCACCCAUUUCUAUUUGCAUAUGAUUCUUCUGAAGCUCUGAGAAAGGAAAAUGGCGUCAAGUCGGAUCUUGGAUCUAGUUAAGACCCAAUGCCGCAUAUUCUCUCUCAAUUUCAAUCCACAACGGCUUCGACUUGGAAACAAGGUCUUGAGACAGCGCUUGCGUGGGCCAGCGCUUGCAGCCUGGUACCCUAAACAAACUGUGUCUUUCCAAGAUCUACAAAACACUUAUAAGCCUCUUGGAUUGACGACAUUUGAUGAAGCCGAAGAUGACAGAGAAGAAGCCAUUCAGAUUGCCAAAUUACGAGGAAAGGGCCGGCCGAAGAAGAAACGAACUGCUGCAGAAUCGAGAUCCGCAAAGAAGAAGAAAUAGAUUGCCUGCUUAACCUUAUAGGCCUU